GAGAGAAAGAGAGAGUCAGAAAGAGAGGAGCUGGACGGAGAGACGUGAUAAUGCACGUGUGCGUACAUCGCGUUCAUCUUCGUUCCUCUCGCGGCAACUCUCGUCAGAAGGUGGCUGAACGGAGAGGGGGGAAAUGAAGGAGCAGCACGUUGGAAAGAGAUGACUAUAGAAACGAUAGUGCCGGGUGGCCAGGAUCCCGCCUUGUUGAUGAUUCGAUGUUCUGUUUGUAUCUGUGCUGGGACGAUCGUUCCAUCCUGGUCGCACGUCGGCAAAAUCCGUGAGACCGUCUUUGUCGUUGGCUACCUGCGCAACAACCCCACUGCCGCAUCUCUCCUACCUGCGUCUAUCUCCAUCUCUCUUUCUCGGCAAUGUCUCUUAUCCACUCUGCACUUUGCUAUCGUCUCACAGCCGAUCACUCUCACCGUCUCUCUCAGGAGUAACGGAGUGAAAGAGAGAAACGACGACUCAGAGGAGCUUGAGGGGUCCACCAUUCUCUCUUCAUCUUUCUCUCUUUCUCCAUCAGAAGUGGGAGGGCAAAGGAACGGUGAACGGAAGAGAAAGAGAAAUAAAAAAAAUGCAACGCCGAAGGGAGAUAGUCUCGAAGGGAAGGCGGUGUGCAGGUAAACGGAAGAGCGAGAGUGAGGAGAGAGAGAGAAAGAGAGAGAGAGGAGGAGGAGGACGAGGCUCUGGAGCGAGGGAGGCUGAGAGGCCGACGGAAAACAUGCGAAUGGGGACGAGUGGGAGAGAGAAAGAGACGGAGGGAGGCAGGCGGCAGAGAGACGCGCGAGCGUAUGUGAGACGCGAAUGGAAGGGAGGGGAGGGGAAUCCGAAGCACGGAGCUAAGAGCGUGAUGCUGGGAGGCGGCGGCGGCGACGGCCAUAUUGCCGUAUGUCGAGAGGCGAAAGAACGAUCUGAGAGAGCACCGUGAAGCUGCUGGGUUUGGUGGUCCAAACUAACGUUUCAACGAUCAAAAUACUACCUGGUCGCUUCAGGCGGAAUUUGUGAUUCUUGGUCUCUUUUGUUAAAAACGUCGGAAUUCAAAGAAGAUCUUUUGUUCGGUUUAGUUCCACAGCCAAGUUUCCAAGUUUCUCAGUGAUUGUAACGUGUCGUCGUCGCCGUGCGCGUGUGAACGUGCGUGUGUGUCAAGCCGGUGCGCAACUAUGCGAUUGAAAAUACAAAUAGGAUACGGACAAGUUUAAUAAAAUCUUAGAGAACAAAUUCGCAGACGACCAAGCGAUACGUUAAAAAAACCGAUACGAGUGCAAAAUGACCGAAUGUAACAUUUGAGACUCGGAGAAAUGUCAACGUAAUGAUGUGCGCGUAGUGAAUCGCGGUUGUGGCUUCAGGUGAACACAGGCGACGCACUCAAAGCUCCUUACCGAAAUAUUUCGCGAAACCAACGGCUUCACCAGUGAAGGACGAGAGGCAGUCGAGCUGCGGUGAACUCCGGGCCCCCGAAGAAGGGUGCCCUCGAAAGAAAAGUAUUCCCAAUAUCAGCGAAAUCGCUAAAACCGCGGACGCCUCGGUCUAUGAAGAACGUGGUGACACUAUCAUCCGUUGAGAUGUGAUCCAGAACAUAGGAGGGACACUCAGUAGUUUGUAGUUGGUCCCCCAUCUCCCCCCUCUAUUACCCCAUCACCCCACUAGCCCCUUCACGACUUCUACCACCUACUCUACCUCCCCCUCUCGUCUCUCUUCGUACACGUGCACGUGUGAUAAUCGACCUCACCGGUAAAGCAAUCAUCAUCGGAUCAGCGGCUUCCUUCGAAUGCGCCGGCUGAUGUACCACUCGACGACACUUCUCCCUCCCUUCUAAUGCGAUCCCAACGAGUGAGUAUUGUCUUCACAUCGUUGUUCGUUUUAUUACGAUAGUCUAGGCCUUACUAUAGCGCACAUCUUCGUCAAUAGCUGGAGGCUACCUGCGCGAUGACGCACAGGUGACGCGCAGGUGACCUACCGGUGAACAAGUGGGCGCGAAGACGCACGGACCAUGAGGUUUCACCGCGCGAUCUCCUACCGGAGAAAUGCCCGGAGAAGUACCUUUUUUUUGGUUUUUUCACAGAUGUGCAUCGCUUAUUAACGUCCUAACGUGUGAACGUUUUAACAUGUUGUUGCCUUUUGUAUUAUCGCGAUACACGGUAUAGCUAUUAGAGAGAUAAUUCUAGAGAAUUCGUAGAGAGAUAGAUAGAUUCUUUACUGAAAAUAUAAAAGUGCAACAAUAUAUUUUUUACAGAAACAUAUGUGUAUUAAAUAUAUCAUCAUUUAAUUUUCUACAGUCUUAUUAUAAAUACACGUGUUAUAUUAGAGAAUUGUCGUAUCAUUUUCUUUUUUUAAUGAUGCUCUAAUCGUUUCAGCUAGGCUACGUUUAGAAACAUCAUCCGAGUGCUCCCUGUUUUAUCCUUGUUAUCACCGAAUGUUAAGCACUUGAUAUUUUUAAACAUAAUCGUUCAGAGAGCUACUGCAAAAAUACCUUGAAUCCUUGAAUUUGAGAAAACCUCAUAAAAGCUCUUUCUUUAUCAAAAUCCAUAUUUCAAUGCUCCAUUAAAUAUAGAGGUCCAAAGUUAAAAGAUUCGAAACGAGGACAUAACAGACCGUCAUCCAUAGUCAAACGUAACAAAAACUACAAGAAAUCUUUGAAAUUGUUAAAAUACAUAUCACAGAUAAAGAAAUAUCCUUUCGUAUUAUGUUAAGUUCCGUUAGGGGACCGACGUUUGUAUCGUGCUCAGGGGAAUCACCUGAAACUCUCACUAGAUCUCUAGAAAUUCACUCUCGAUGCACUAACGGCAAUCCGUCGUUGCAGCUGCGCACCAUGGACGAUUCUAACCAACCGAAUCGCGGUCGCCGUGACUGCAACACGACGCGAUGUACACCAUCGCGACGGCAGGUCUAGGAUCUAUCCGCGGCAGGUGCAACGCACGAUCGAGGAGUCUGGUCGCUGAUAGACACACAUCGCCUUCGCGCGACCCGUCGACGGAAGAAGACGCUUCUUCCUCUUUAUACGACUCGACGGAGUCCUCCGUUCUCCGGAGGCAUCGUCCACUGACGCGAGGCGAGGGCGUACAGGUUUUUACCGCCCGCUUUUCUUCAAACAACGUGCCAUAUAAGCGUCAGCAACCUGUGAUAUAAUACUCGAUGCCUAAAUAUUUACAUAGACGUAGACAUCUAGUCGAAGACUAGAUCAGGCUGAAGGUUUCGUCAAAAGAAAAUUGUGAAUUCCUAAGACAACGAGAACUAAGCCAACCACGACACGCGUAUUAAGCGGAUUUAACAGUACGAAAAGAGAAAAAAGAAACGGAAGACGGCGCCGGAGAAUGUCGACGUGCACCGACGAGGCCGAUAAUGCACCCUGCACUCUGUCUCCGGUGCAGGAGGCACCAGUCUCGCCGGCGUCCUCCUCUCUGAGCAACCAAAAUCAAAACGAGAACGAGCAGGUUCUCCUGGCGACCAUGCAGCCGGUGAACGUGCUCGAUCUGCACGAGCCGCCGGCCGUGCACACGCUCCAUCCCAAGUACCACCAUCACCAUCAUCGUCACCAUCACCAUCACCAUCAUCAUCAUCACCACCAGCAACAGCAGCACAUCCAGAGUAACGAUUCGGACGACGUGCAGCAGCGCACCGCGGCCGCGGACGAUCCUGACGGCCGCGUGACGCCCGGGGUCGAGGCGGCCGCCGCCGCCGCCGCCGCCGCGGGCAACCCGGCGCUCGGCGUCGGCGAGCACAAGAUGAUCGACCUGAUCUACAACGACGGGCAAAAGACGGUCAUGUAUACUCACGACAAGGAGAUCAUUUACGAGAACGAGCACGCGGACCGCGUGCAAGUGGUCGAAUACCCGCCGCCACCGCCGUCGCCGCCGUCGCCCUCACAGCCGUCGGCCGGUGUCACGCGGACUGCGUCGGGUCUCUUGCCGCCGACCUGCAUCACACCAAGAUCCGCCGCCACGGCCACCGCCGCGACCGCCCUCCAUCUCCACCACUAUCCGCAGCUGCAGCUGCAGCACGAGGACGAUCUGCCGCCGACGGUGCGCCACGCCGUCAAUGCGACCGUGCCGAAUUGCGGCGCCGCGACGGCCACCACGACGACGGUUCUCGUGCUGUCGGAGCUCGUCGCGGCCGAUCCGGCCGCCGCCGGUGCAGCCGCAGCCGCGCAGCAACUGACGCUCACCGCCGCCGCCGCCGCAGCGUCGUUUCGCGCUGGACGACGCAGUCGUAGCGAGGAGGACACCAACGGUACCGUCGUCAGCGACGACGCGCAGCAACAGCAGCAACAACAGAGCUACGUAUCCGGGCAGCGCGAUCCAGAAGAGGAGGAGGAACUGAGAGCGGAGGAGGCAGUGGCGCAGACCCUGCAGAGCGGCGCCGAGAACGGGGAUCAGGAAGUUCACAAGAGGGUUGCCGCAGUGCAGGUGCAAGUACAGGGUAUGGAGGGCGACUGGCGGGCCUACUGCGAGCAUCCGCUCUCGGUAGCGACCGCGGCCAUGCUAAAUCUUCAGCAGCAGCACCAGUCGGCGGUAGCUAACCACAGUGACGAUCCCGCCGCGUCAUAUGUCUACGAAUACUACAAGCUACCCGAAAAAACAGCAGAUGUCAAACUGCCGCCCACGCACGAACUCUGGUCCACGGGUGUGAUGGGCCAGAAGCUGCUGGUGCAGGAGGCGCCUGGCUCCGGUUCCGCCUCGACGAAUCGCAUGGAAGGCGGCGAAGGCGCCGGAGGAGGGGAGCUACACCAUUUCCUCCAGUACAACCAGCAGUCCCACAGUCCCAGUCAGAACUUACAGGGUGGCCUUCCGCUUUCGCUGAGCCCACAGCCCCUGCGACACGACGGUGCCUCGAGCGCCGGCAUCGUCGGGGUCAAGAGGGAACCAGAGGACCUCAGUUCGUCACGCGGGGGCCAACAGUCCAACAAACGGCACAAACAGGCGCAACCGGACAGUCCUACACCACCGGGAAUGUACCAUCAUCAUCAGCAUCAGUUACAGGUGCAGCAGUACGGCAGUCCUUACGACCCCUACACGUCCUGCAGUCCGAGGUUGCAAUCGGCCGCGUAUACGUCCACGUCAGCGACCGGGACUGGAAAUGCAACGGGGAACCCAGGUGGCGGCCUCCAUCAGGAGGCGACGACGGUCUACGUCACCGGAGACGCCUUGCCGCCUCUCGCCUCGUCGAGCUCGACUCCCUCGCUGUCCACCACGACCGCUUCGUACACGAGGUACGAGGUUGUGCCGAGCUCAUACGCUACGACACACGCGAUACGCUCGUCGUCGAGCAGCAGCAAAGUCCUGACCGUUGAUCUUCCCAGCCCCGACUCUGGCAUAGGCGCUGACGCGGUGACGCCCAGGCAGGAUCAUCAUCCGACCACGGCUCUUCAUCAGUCCUCGUUCGACUACACAGAAUUAUGUCCUGGUGGAACUACAGCUGGAGCGGCGGUGGUUCUCGAGAGUGGCGCGGUCAUACAUCAACCCCUGCAGCUGCAGCUACAGCAGAGCCACGCACAAGCGCAAGUACAACGCAGCAGUCUAGUGACCGCGGGUGCGACAAAUGCGAACCCAAAUCCGAAUCCGCAAAGAUCACGGCCUUGGCAUGAUUUCGGCAGACAAAAUGACGCCGAUAAGAUCCAAAUACCGAAAAUUUUCUCGAAUUACGGAUUUAAGUACCACCUGGAGUCGCCAAUCAGCACGUCGCAGCGCCGCGAGGACGACAGAAUAACGUACAUCAACAAGGGCCAAUUCUACGGAAUCACGUUGGAAUACGUGUCUGAUCCGGACAAGCCGCUCCUCAAGGCAGGGCAGACAGUCAAGAGUGUAGUAAUGUUGAUGUUCCGGGAGGAGAAGAGUCCGGAAGACGAGAUCAAAUCCUGGCAGUUUUGGCACGGCAGGCAGCAUUCUGUAAAACAACGGAUUCUUGAUGCAGACACAAAGAAUAGCGUCGGCCUGGUGGGCUGCAUAGAGGAAGUCGCGCACAAUGCGAUUGCCGUUUACUGGAACCCACUCGAAUCGUCGGCAAAGAUAAACGUGGCGGUGCAAUGUCUCAGUACUGAUUUCUCGAGUCAGAAAGGCGUGAAGGGUUUGCCGCUGCAUAUCCAGGUCGACACGUAUGAAGAACCGCCGCCCCACGCACAUACGUACACGCCGCCUUCCCAUCGCGGCUACUGUCAAAUUAAGGUCUUCUGCGAUAAGGGAGCGGAGAGAAAGACACGGGACGAGGAGAGACGCGCGGCUAAGAGGAAGAUGACCGCGACCGGCAGAAAAAAGCUCGACGAGCUUUAUCACCCCGUCACGGAGCGCAGCGAGUUUUACUCCAUGGUCGAUCUGCACAAGCCGCCUGUGUUGUUCUCCCCGCCGGCCGAGCAUGCCAUCGAUAAGUUCUCGACGAUGGAGUUGUCGGGCUUCUACGGUGGUGGCGGCGGCGGGGGCGGGGGUGACACCGACACCUCGUCCCUCAGUAACGGUGAAGGUGGAGGAUUGAAAGCGGCGGGGGGUAGCAGCCCCUAUCCGCCCCCGUGUGGCCGGCCGAGUCUGCCGGCCCUCAAGUUCCACAACCACUUUCCGCCCGACAAUCUCAGUAACCUGCACGACAAGAAGGACUCGUUGCUGAUGCAGGUGCAAGAGCUGCAGGGCUCGGUGCUGCAAGGGGUGCAACAGGCCGGCCUGACAGGCGCGGUGGUGUCCAGUGUCGGCAACCGGCUGCACCUGCAACAGCAGUCGCAUCUGCGCUCGACGGACUCCGAGGAGCGCGUCAUGCUUUACGUUCGUCAGGAAUCGGAAGACGUCUAUACGCCACUACACGUCACCCCGCCAACGGUCCAGGGUCUGCUCAACGCUAUUGAGUCAAAGUACAAAAUUGCAUCCUCGAGUAUUAAUAACCUCUAUCGCAAAAACACAAAGGGAAUUACAGCGAAAAUUGACGACGACAUGAUCCGAUAUUACGUCGACGAGGACCUGUUCCUGCUGGAGGUGAGCCACUCGCGGAUCAAUUCAGAUCCAAGCAGCGAACGCAACCCGAACAAUCCGGGCUCGCCGGGUGAUCCUGGUGAUCCGGGUGAUCCUCCCGCCGGAUACGACGUCACUCUCAUCGAACUACCUUCACCCCCGCAUCUACCGCAUUCACCCCUCGCCAAUUCCACGCAUGCACAUGUGCAUGUUCACGACAAUAGUAACACGUGAACCCGAACAAACGAGAAACGUUUGUGUAAAUACUCUACGCAAGCUUGACGAGGACUGGUUACUCGGGAGAAUGAGGAGUCAGCAACAUCUUGCGUCGAAUAAUGACGAUUGUUAAAUGAGCAACGAAUUUUCUCGCACCACGCUGAAAAUGCUUGUAUAGUUUCGUCGAUGACGUGCUUGAACGUUCGUCGAGAGAGAGAAAGAGAUGCAAGUAACUACGUGUCAAUUAUAUUUCAGCAAGAACAAUCAAUAUGAAUAAAGAGGAUGCAUGAGAAGAUCACCGAGAUAGUUUCAAGAAGUGAUAGUUCGAAGAAGAUUGCCGUCUCGUUUCAACGUGGAUUCUGGCAGUAUAAUCGUAGUAUAAUAUCACAGUCGAAGCCUAUACUUUGACAGACAAAUGUUUUAUAAUAUUUUUUGACGCAUAUUUGUUAGAUUCUUUUACGUUUAAUGUUUUGCUAAUAAUUAUCAUUUCUAUGAGACUUCAACCCUUUCACGUUUCAGUGAAAUAGUGAUAUAUUUUAGAACAUAUAUUUUUAAAAAGUACAUCUCUGAAUAUAUCUAUUGAAUCCAAUGUCCAAUAUUGCUCAUUAAAACAUAAAAAAAAUAUUGCUUCUUUUAAUCAAAGAAGUACUGUGAUAAAUACCGAAAUCGUAAAAUUUCAAGCAAUAAAAUGUAAUGUAAAUAUAAGUGAAAUAUGGAUCGCUUCACUCAUAAUUUUAAGUUCUUUAAUCAAUUUUUUAUAGAGAGGCAUACACAAGAGGAUGACGAUUGGGAUUAAACUUAAAAUAUAAAAAUUUAAAAUUUUUUAAUUUUUAGUAAUUCCGUUAAAUCUAUAUAUAUAUAUAUAACCAAAUAUAAAUAUAUAAAAAUAGUUUUGGCAUUGUUUUUCUUUACAAAAAGUAAACAUGCGCUUACAUUAUACAAUAUUCUAUAAAUUUUAUAUAUAUAAAUUUAUAUAUUAUUACGUAUGAGUUUACAUAUGGAUAUUUUAUUGUUUCCAAACUUUAUUUUUUUAUUUAAAAAACAAUGUGAAAAUUAUUCUUGUAGUUUUUAAUUAGUUUGUAAUUCUUAUUAUUUUUCCUAAAUAUACAAAUACAACUUAUAUAAAAGAAACAAACAUAUAGAUAUAUUUUAUACUGUAUAUUAAUUAUAUAUAUUAUAUUUAUAUUUGAUUGUAUAUAUGACUUUUCUGGAUAAAUCCGGAAGUUCUCAGACUAAUCGUGGGAGACGCAAAGCAUUACUUUUGCAUUAUUUGAAUUGAUAAAAUAGACUUCGAUAAAUUUCUCUAAUAUUUAUAAUAUUAUAUUUAAAAUGUAUAUUUAAUAUUCUAGAAUUUCAUAUAUUUCAAUAAUGAAAAAAAUAUGAAGAUAGUUACAAUUUUCACGAUAAGUAUAGAUUAGAUCGAAAUCUUUUGGACUUUAUUAUAUAAUUGUUAUAAAUAGAUCCUUUUGUUAUAUUUUUGUAAACUAAAUUUAUAUUUUUGCAACGUUUGAAUUAUGAAAAGUCUCUCAGUAAAUUGUUUAAAUUGGUAGAACAAGCUUGGCAAAGUCCCAUCUUUCAAAAAUUAAAAAAUCGUUGAAAGAUUUUUAAAGAUACAUGACAGAAGAAAUCCUAAAAUAAAAAAAAAUUUCGACACAAAUUUUUAUUAAACUUGAAUGUAUUUUAUAUUUUUAAUAUCUGCGUUUAUUGAAGCCGCCAUUUCGAACUUGUUACAUUGUGAUAUCUUUAUUGCAUUUACUUCAGAGACCUGUAAUAACCAUUUUAAUAACUUUAGAGACCUGUAAAAUAAAAUCAGGCAUGAUUCUUCUCUCAGAGAAAAUCAGAACGUGAAAGGGUUAAAUGAUCUUUUUCGCUCGCAAAUUUAUGGGCUUCUACUCGACUGGAGCAAGUCACAAUGUGCAAGAAUAUACACAUACGUCGCUGGCUGUACAAAAAGCGACGUUACAUGUUUUCGUCCCAAUUUGUAUUGACGAUUAUUAGCUUAGGAUACCGAAGCGUAGCGCUACAAACGUGAACGCCAUGUAAAUCAAUCAAAAUUGAUUUAAGGAUCCCGGUAUAUGUUAAGCAUACGUACAUUGUAGAUGCAUAUGAGACGUCCACUCGUCUCUAUUAAUUUGUAUCUUAAUUCGCACGCGCUGACGUCUAGGUUCUUAAUAUUUAUCCGUACAUUUAAAAAAUACGUACAAUUCUACGAAUUGUUAUUUUCGAAAGUCGACAAAUUCGUCAUAAUUCACGUACCGUCCUUUCACGCUAACGAAUGACUCCAAAUGUUUGUGUUAGUCAAUGACAGAAGCAAUUCGCCGCUUUCUCUCUGCAUCUCUAUACGAUGCCAUCCAUAAAGUUUUUAAACGAUAUUGAUUCCACGCGAGAAAUUGUACAACACGCGCGAAACAUAAAAACGAAGAAAAAAAA